GAAGUGCAGAGACUUCAAAGUUGUGUUUUGACGGCAGUGUUGGGUGGACCUCUAGCACUUUCUGCACCUACGUCCUGUGUACUUUCCACCUCCUAGGGCGUCACUGUCAGCGCCUGCACCACCUGCUGCUCUUGCUGCUUCCUGCUGGUGCGCUACAGGACAAUGGCAGGGAGAUGGCAGUUAUGUAUAUUGGCAGCUUUAACAUUCUACUUGUUAAUGUGUGGAGUAGAAGCUGAUGAUGAAGUAACCGUCACAGAGGAGAAAUUACAAGAGGAAGAUGAAGUGGAAGAAGUCAUUUAUGCCACACCAAAGAUGAUAGAAGGUGUUUACCUUAUGGAAACAUUUGAUGAUGUGGCAACUUUUGAGGAUGCUUGGGUUAAGUCUCAAGCCAAAAAAGAUGGUGUGGAUGAGAAUAUUGCAAAAUAUGAUGGGGUUUGGUCUAUUGAGCCUGCUGAGCGAAUGGCUUUGACUGGGGAUCGUGGACUGGUAUUGAAAUCAAAGGCAAAACAUGCAGCAAUUGCAGUCUCUCUCAAGAGACAAUUUACUUUUUCUACGAAACCUCUAGUUGUGCAGUAUGAAGUUAACUUGCAGAACGGUCAAGAGUGUGGCGGAGCUUACAUUAAGCUGUUGAGUGCUCAAGAAGGAAACGUGGAUUUGAAGAAAUUCAACGACAAGACUCCUUACACUAUUAUGUUUGGACCGGACAAGUGUGGUAAUGACCAUAAACUCCACUUUAUAUUCAGGCAUACCAAUCCUCUUACUGGUGAGAUAGAAGAGAAACAUGCAAAGAGACCACGUGACAAGCUUGAAGAGCCAUUCAAAGACAAGAAGCCACACUUGUAUACUCUAAUUAUUCGACCAGACAACACUUUUGAAAUUAGUCUUGAUCAAGAGGUGAUAAACUCUGGAAGCUUGCUUGAAGAUUUUUCUCCACCAGUGAACCCACAAAAGGAUAUAGAUGAUCCUGAAGACUUCAUGCCUGAUGAUUGGGAUGAGAGAGAGAAAAUUCCUGAUCCAGAUGCUACUAAGCCAGAUGACUGGGAUGAAGAUGCUCCAAUGCAAAUUGCAGACCCUGAUGCAGUGAAGCCUGCUGGGUGGUUAGAUGAUGAACCAGAGAUGGUUCCUGACCCAACUGCUGAGAAACCUGAAGAUUGGGAUGAUGAAAUGGAUGGAGAAUGGGAGGCUGCUUUGAUAAACAACCCUGUGUGCUCUGAAGCUCCAGGUUGUGGAGAGUGGAAACCUCCAAUGAUCGACAAUCCAAAUUACAAGGGAAAAUGGCGACCAGCCAUGAUUGACAAUCCUAACUAUCGUGGGAAGUGGAAACCCCGCAAAAUCCCAAAUCCUGACUACUUUGAGGACUUGGAGCCCUUCAAAAUGACACCCCUUGGUGCUGUUGGUAUAGAGCUGUGGUCUAUGUCCGACAAUAUACUCUUUGACAACCUAAUUAUUACUGAUAAUGUUGCUGAUGCCAAUCGGUUGGCCCAAGAGACAUUUGACCUCAAAGUGAUGAAGAUGGAGAAAGGACAGGUUGGCGUUUUCCGACGAAUCCUAAACUACUCCAAUAAGCAUCCCUGGCUGUAUGCUAUCUACGUUCUGCUUGUGGCCAUCCCUGUAGUUUUGAUAAUUACUUGUUGCUGUGCAGAAGUAAAGGACACAAAGGCUGAUAAGGAUGCUGAGCAUAAGAAGACUGACGAGCCUACUGAAGAUGAUCCCCAGAGAGAGGGGGAAACAGACAGAGCAGAGGAAGAGAGAGAUGCAGAGGAAGAGCAGGAUGGAGCUGAAGGAGAGGGUGACCCCAUAGAUGGAGAGAGAGAGGACUCUGAGGAACAUGGAAGAGGUGAAGGAGAGCCUGACACGAGCGAAGAACGAGGGGAAGUUGAAGAAAAGCAUGCAAGUAGUGAUCUUAAAAGUGACAAGCAAACUUCAGAUGCUGUAGAUGGUGAGGCUGCAGAGGAAAGUGAAGAGAGCGAUAAGGAAGAGCAGAAAACAGGCAAAGACAGUGAAGCAGAGGAUGGUCAGAUUCGUACUUCUCCCAGGCUUCGCAAGGUUCGAAGAGACUAAACUACAUUGAAUUUUAAUGUUAAAGUAUGCUAGAGACAGAAGUGGUAAUAGAGCUCAUGUUUUGAAAAAGGAGCAGAUUUUAUGAUUGGACUUUUAUAUGAGGCCUUAUGAUACUAAUUAUUACAGUAUAAGCAUUUUUAUGCAAAACUCAGUAAUUAUGUUAUGAACUUUGCUGUUUUUUUGUUUUUUUGGUAAUGAAAAUAUUUUUGUCUAAAUGUUAUAAAAAAGUACUUUAUUUUAUUUUUUGUAAAGGUGUUGUGAUCUUGUUAUAUUUGCACCAUUACAAUAUAACCUAGUCAGGGUAGGAUCAUUAAGAACAAAAGGGCAGUUGAAAGAAGUUGGUCUAUUGCUUCAGUAUUUAAGCUUUGGUAGUCUGAAGCAUCUCUGGUCAUUUCUUCAGGUUGGAAAAAAAAUGAUGAAAAUAUAAAGUACUGCAGUACUUAAUUUUUUUUUUUUUUAAGGAACCACUUUUUUUUCUGUAGUUCCUAUAAUAUGCACAUCAGUUUCUUGUGGUAGCAUUUAUUUUUGGUUUUGUUAAUUUGUAAGAGGGAUUUUAUACAUCUAAAAAAUUUAAUAGAAAUUAAUUUAUUCUAACUUGCAUGACAGACUAAUUGGUUCCAAAAUGUUUGUCAUACCAUCCUUCACCAUUAGGCAAGGGAACUAUGGGUUAUAUAAUCUUAAAACUGAGGUAAUGCCUUAUGGUAUAUAAAGAAUCUUUAUGCAGACUUUUAUUAGUAGACUAAUGUAUUUACUCCAUUCCUUAUUGAUAAGUGUAAUUUUUGUAAUGUCUUUAGUAAAAAGCUGAAUUUAAAUUAAUUUUAAGAUUACUACUUGUCUGGUAGGAAACUUAGUUGAAUACAGUAUUUUUGUUAAGCAUAGUUUGAAAUGAAGUUCAACAUUUUUGUAAGGGAAAGGAUUAGGGGUGGGAGGGGGUAAGGGCUUUCAUAUUGGUCUGACUGCACAUUGCACUGAUAGUGCAGUUUUGCAUUGUACUGCACAUUGGCCAAGGCAAAAAAUAAGAUUCCUUUGCUAAUAAGGAAUAUUCUUUUAGUGAGGAAAAUGUUGAUUUGGCAGUAAACAUGCAGUGUAGAUACUUGUGUGCAUUUAAGUGAAUAUGGAUGUUGCUCUAUUCAUAUGCUGAUGCCCAGUGACCAUUAAUUCAUGGUUUUGAGUUGGUUAUUUAUUCCUGCCUGUAUGUUGUACAGAAGCUUUUACAAUAAAAAUUGAUUGCUAAA